GUUCCUUCGUUUUUUUGCCUCGAUUGAGUGAUUUUUUUUUUUUGUUUGUUUUGUAAAUUUCUUAGUAUAGCCAUUUGUUUCUUAGUGCUUAGUAUAGUUGUUUUUUUCAGCCUCCCAGGAGAGAUUUUCAGUUAAUGUUUUGCAGCCUUUUGAUUUUCCUCGUUGUGAGUGAUUUUGAUUUUGAAAAUUUUUAUAAAGCAGUUGUGAGUUUUUUUCCUCCUUUUGCAGUGAUUUUUUUUUGUUUUCCCUAGUUUAGGCCUGUUUUCAUAGCCUGCCAUAGCCUCACUCUGUCGAGGGUUUUUGUUAACUCAGUAAAUAAGCUCAUUGACACCUCUGCGCCUGAGUCCUGUUUGAGUCCGGCCUGACACAUUUCAGCUGUGUUAAUGCAUAUGGAAUGAACAUUUCUAAGGGGGCAUCCAUCUAUACCUUCAAAAGCCUCCUGAAGACCGCCAGCUCUUCAUAGAGGACCUCCUCUCCAACACUACCAACAACUGGACACGAUACAUCUAUCCUGCCUCUUUUUUUCUAAGUUGUUUUAGAGAGUGAGAGUGCCAGCUAAAUGACUGAAUGUGUUCUCGUCCUUGCACUGCUGGUAUCAGUGGUUCUGGUCCUGGUAGUGCUGGUCCCACUCUUGGGGAUUAUUUUGGACAUGGAACGUCGUCAGAGUCUGGAGGAGCAGCUCAGGUGUCCCGUCUGUCUGGAUGUCUUCACUGAACCACUGAUGCUACAGUGUGGACACUCCUACUGCAAGUGUUGUGUGCACUCCAUGACGAUGGACCUGCUCGGUCAGCUUCAGUGUCCUGUGUGUCGUUGUUCCGUUGAUGGAGACAGUCCUCCUCCCAACGUCAGUUUAGCUCGAAUCAUUGAGGCUCUGCAGGAAGUGAGUGUCUCAGGUGGAGCUCAGCCAGAGUCCUGUCCUCAGCAUCACAAUCCACUCAGCCUUUACUGUGAGGACGAACAAAUGGUGAUCUGUGGCCUCUGCGGAAGCAUUGGUCCUCACCGUGGACACAAAAUUACACCUGUGAGCUCCGUCUACAGCCACAUGAAGGAGGACAUUUCCUGUCUGAUGACUGAGUUCCAGCACCAGAAACGUAAACUCGAUGAUCAGAUCUGUAAAAUGGCAUACAACAAAUCCAGGAUCACUAAUGAGUCUGAUGUCCUGAAGUGGGUGGUGAGGAAGGAGUUUGGUGACCUGAGGCGCUGCCUGGAGGUGGAGGAGGCAGGGUUCAUGCAGCAGGUGGAGACCUCAGCUGCUGUCCUCAUUUCAUCCCUCCAGAGCCAGACAGACCAAUUAAACCAGAACCUGAACCGGCUGCAGGAGGCCCAGAAUACUCUGCAGGACCUGAGCAAUGAGGGACACCUGGCCUUCAUCAUGAAAUAUGGAUCAAUCGCUCCGAGGUUCAGGGAGGUCCAGGUCCUUCAGAGAAAACAGGAAAGAAUUUUCAGUUCUCUGAACUUCAAACCAGGUUUCAACCACAACGACAUCAAACUGACUGUGUGGAAAAGAUUACACCGAAAAGUCCUACCAGCCCCAGAGCCAUUGAAGCUAGACUCUCAAACUGCUCACCCAAUGUUGGAGCUCCUUAAUGGGGAUACCGUUGUGGUGUGCGGAGCUCUCCUCCGGAGGCUUCCUGAUAAUCCAGAGAGGUUCAGUUAUAGUUACUGUAUCCUCGCUGACCGUGGCUUUUCCUCUGGUAAACACUACUGGGAGGUGGAGGUGGGUCACAAACCUAAAUGGCGUCUUGGGUUGAUCAAAGGAACAACCAAUCGUAAGGCAAAGCUGGUAAAAAAUCCAGAGAGUGGAGUGUGGUUGAUCGGACUGAAGGACGGAGUUUAUGAGGCCUUCACUUCACCCAGAGUGGUCCUGCCAGUACUGUGUCCUCCACGCCGGGUGGGACUCUUCUUGGACUACGAGGGCAAAGUGCUGACCUUCUAUAACACUGAUAGUUCUGAUGAGCUGAUUGUCAUCUACAGCUUCAGAGUGGAAGUCCAGGGUAAAGUCUACCCCCUGCUGGAUGUCUGCUGGCAUGACCGAGGAGACAACAAACAACCCCUGAUCCUCUGCCAGCCUCACAGGGAGCACCUCCCCACCUUACCACAGCCCCAGAAACAUGACAAGUGAACAACAGUCCUCCUUUAUUAAACUCAAUGUUUUCCUGGUUCGUAUCUUUGAUUUAUAAGAAAUACUUUAAUCAUUGGUGUCUUCGGCUACAUUUGCACCCUGGGCGAACAACGUGGGGGGGGGGGGGGGGGGGCUUACACUUUUGCCUAUAGAAAACUGGCGCUCACACGCCGCCUAGGCGCCUGGGAUCAGUCUAUCCACCGCGCCCCUCCACCUUCCAACCAGUUCUC